GGGGCGUGGGAGUGCCAUCCCUCCACCACCACCUGGACGAGGAACUCAAGUAGCAAGAGGAACGCCGGUGUCCCGCGGAGUACUCCCAGUCCCACCCGCCACCAGAGGGGUCCCCGCCCCUCGAGCCAGAGGAGUUCCGGCCGUACCCGGUUACCGAGCUCCCCCUCUACCAGCGCAUGAGUCUUAUGAAGAAUAUGGAUAUGAUGAUAGAUAUGGGGGUGAAUAUGAUGAACCAAGUUAUGAAGCCUAUGAUAAUAGCUAUACUACACAAACACAAAAUCUGCCUGAAUAUUAUGACUAUGGUCAUGGAGCAAGUGAAGAUGCCUAUGACAGCUACGCUCAAGAAGAAUGGACCAUAAGCCGUUCCAGUUUAAAAGCUCCAACUCCCAGGUCAACCAGAGGGAGUUACAGGGAACACCCCUAUGGUAGAUAUUGAAAGAUAUUCUCCACAUCUGUGACCUCAACUUAAAGACAAUUAAGAACCCCUGGUCUCCACGUAAAUGGCAACAAGACAAGGAUCUGAACAUACUGGACAGGAAACUAGAAGACUCUUGCAUAAUGCCCAGGUAAGCAAAAAAUACAGUCGAUCAAUGAAAACAGAUGCUUUUCUGAUAGAAGGUAAUAUCUGCAAUCAGGGUUGAACUGGGGGGUCCUUGGUGUUCCCCGAGCUUAAUGUUUUUCUUGCAGACAUUUCAUUAUCCAGC